AUGUUCUUAAGCCCUUUUUGUACACGAAGGGGUUGCUUAGGCAAUUCGUGUACCAGAGUCACCACAUUGGUCUCCAUCAUCAUACUGGGGUUUCUUUUGUCCGAAUCCUUUUGCUCUUUAGCAUCGGGUGAGUCCCAACGGACUGAAAUUGAUGAUUCCAAUCCCAACCAAGACUUUUACGCUAUUUUAGGUUUAGAAAAAGAGCGCGAUGAGGCGACGGAGUCAGCGAUCAAGGCGGCUUGGCGAAGGCUCUCCAAGAAGUAUCACCCCGACGUCUCUGGGGAGGCCAACCGGAAGGUUUACCAACGGAUUCAACGAGCCUACGAAGUCCUUGGCGACCGGCGCAAACGCAAAGUGUACGACAUCCUUGGGAUAGAGAGCGUGCUAAAACUCGAACAGCCACAGCCGCAGCAGCCGCAGCACCCUUUCUUUCACCUCUUUGGCGGCCACACGGCGUCGGACCGCGGGCGGAACCUGAGCUUAGUGCUGGAUGUGCCCCUUCGCGACGCCUACACCGGCGCGGAGCACCGCGUGGUCUUUCAAAAGACCAAACUCUGCCGGGCGUGCCGUGGCACAGGGGCGCGGAGCCCCAGCGACAUCGUUGCCUGUCCCAUGUGCCAGGGCUCCGGCAGCGUCGUUCGCCGGGUGCAGUUCGCGCCGGGGUUUAUUCAGCAGAUGCAGCACGCGUGCCCACGCUGCGAAGGGAAAGGGAAACGCAUCACGGCGAGGUGCACGGCCUGUGACGGCCGUCGGGUGGUGGAGAGCGACGUGGCGAUCGCGGUCAGCGUCGAGGCGGGAGCCCCCGAGGGGCUCGAACUUGUUUACGAGCUCGAGGCUGAUCAGGAGCCCGGGCGUGUUCCUGGGGACGUUGUGGUGACCAUCGUCACCGCGGAGCAUCCCCUCUUCGAGCGCCGUGGGAACGACCUGCAUGCCAAAAUUACCCUUAGCCUGCGGGAGGCGUUGUUAGGAUUCGAGCGUGUUCUACAGCAUUUGGAUCAGCAUGAGGUCCUUCUGAAGGAGACAGGCAUUGUGGAGCAUGGGCGACGGUUUGUAAUCAAAGGGGAAGGCAUGCCACGGCACCACGUACCCUCUGAACGCGGCGAUCUUUAUGUGACAUAUCUCGUGAGCCUCCCGGAACAUCUCACACACGCGCAGAGGGAGGCAUUGAAGCUGUUGAAUUGA